AUGGGUGAAAACAGUCAUGUUGAUGUUCUCAUCAUUGGCGCGGGGCCGACAGGUCUUGGGGCGGCGAAGAGACUUAACCAGCUGAACGAUGCGUCGUGGCUUAUCGUCGAUUCCAAUGCCAUACCGGGCGGACUUGCUUCCACAGAUGUGACCCCUGAAGGCUUUCUGUUCGACGUAGGCGGGCAUGUCAUAUUCUCCCAUUACCGUUAUUUCGACGACGUCCUUCACGAAGCUCUUCCGAAGCCCGAAGAUUGGUUCGAGCACCAGCGUGUAUCCUACGUACGCUUCGGUGGGCAGUGGGUUCCGUAUCCGUUUCAAAACAAUAUCGCUGUCCUGCCAGCCGAGGAAAAGGUGAAAUGCAUGGAGGACCUAAUCACUGCUUCACUCGAGGCUCGCGUUCGAUCCCCGGAUGACAAGCCUAAAGAUUUCGAUGAGUGGAAUAUUCGCAACGUUGGGGAGCGACUGACAGAGAUCUUCAUGAGGCCAUACAAUUUCAAGGUCUGGGCUGUGCCUACCACCAAGAUGAACGCAACCUGGCUCGGAGAGCGCGUUGCAGCUCCCGAUGUCAAGCUGCUCAUGCGCAACGUAAUCUUGAACAAGGUAGCGGGAAAUUGGGGUCCUAAUGCUACAUUCCUUUUCCCUGCCCAUGGCGGCACGGGAGGCAUCUGGAAGGCAGUGGCCGACACUCUGCCGAAGGACAAGACUAAGUUUGGGGGAGAUAGCACCGUGGUCAAAGUUGACGCAAAUGCAAAGAAGGUCCAUCUCCAGGAUGGUACGACCAUUCGCUACAACCAACUCAUUAACACAAUGGCUGUGGACCAACUAGCAAAGCUUGCAAGUGAUGUGAAGCUCCAGGAAUUGUGCAAACCCUUGUUCUAUUCCUCCACCAAUGUCAUCGGCGUCGGGAUCCGCGGCGAGCGUCCCGAGCGUAUUGGCGACAAAUGCUGGCUAUACUUCGUCCAGGAUGACUGCCCCUUUUAUCGUGCUACAAUCUUCUCCAACUAUUCACCUUUCAACCAACCGAACAAAGAGGUCAAGCUUCCAACUCAACAGUUGGCUGAUGGCACGAAGCCGUCCUCCUCGAGCCCUGAGCCUGGACCCUAUUGGUCACUCAUGCUGGAAGUGUCCGAGUCUUCCUACAAGCCCGUGAAUCAGAAGACAUUGCUAGAUGACUGCAUCAAAGGGCUUAUUGCCACGGAACUUGUGCUGCCCAAGGAUGAGAUCGUGAGCACAUAUGUUCGUCGCUUUGACCAUGGAUACCCGACGCCAAGUGUGGAGCGGGAUGGGGCAUUAGCAGAGAUUCUGCCCUACCUGAAGAAUAAAGACAUCCUGUCACGUGGUCGAUUUGGAGCGUGGAAGUAUGAAGUUGGAAAUCAAGAUCAUAGUUUCAUGCAGGGCGUCGAAGCGGUCGACCAUGUCCUCAGCGGGGGAGUAGAGUUGACGCUCACCUAUCCAGAUUUCGUGAACAAGCGAAAGAAUGACGAGCGACGGUUAACACCUGCCCAAUCGAAGUAA